CAUAGUAGCGACAUCACUGGCGACCUGAAAGCGCUAGGCUUCUGCUCCAAUAUCCGCCUAAAACAGUCCGCAGCGUGGCCUUUGUCCAGGCCUUCGUCUGUUCAACAGGAGGACCGCGGGCGCAGAAGCAGCCGAGCAGCAGAAACACGGAGGGAGGACAGCAUCAAUUGCAGGUGGUUACCUGCACUGCAUCAGUCAUUGACCGGCGACCCGGGUGCGGCACACGUGUUGGCGCAUUUGUGUAACCCGGCACGCGGGCUGGCGGUCUAACGGCGCCGGCCCGCACCCGAUAGCCGCACACAGCCAUGCAGUUCACGCUGCCGGACCUGGACCUUGAGGGAUUCCUCGGAGACGUGGAGGACGAGCCGGUGGCCAGCACCUCCCGGGGUCCGCUGCUGCCCGAGUUCGAUAUAGACGAGGAUGACCGUCUGCUGGGCCCCAGCGCGCCGCCGUCUGCAGCACCCUGGCGCAAGCCCGGCGGCGCUGGCGGGAUAUCGGGGCUGGGCGGCAAGCUCAGCGGCCUUGUGUCCAGCGACUCGGGCAUGUUCCUGUCGGCACGAAAUGCAACCAGCCGGCUCGUAGGCGGCCCUCAGCGUGAGGUCCUGCACCUGCCAUCCAUCACGCCGCCUGCCGGCGCCUCGCCGGGCGCGGCGAUGGCGCUGCAGCCUACGCGGGUGACGCGGCCGCAACGCGAGUGGAAGGUGGCGAAACGGGUGAUGUGCGCGGUGGCCUUCAAGAAGGGCGGCGAGAACAGGCGCAGGCUGGAGGACGAGAUCCUGUCCUCAGCAGAUGAGAGCGGGGGCGAGUCGCCAACGCGGCGGGAACCCGACUGGCGGCACCUUGCAGUGGAGCGCUCGGCAGCAGCAGCUGCAGCAGCAGCAGGGGGCCCCGGGCCAGGGAACGGCGGGCUCCGCACAAGUCUGAGUCAUGGCGCGUUGGCAGGGCACAAUGCGAAUGGCGGCGGUACGGGUGCCGGUGGCGGGACAAAUAGGGGAAACGGCGGCAAGGUGCCGGCUCGGAGCGGCAGCGUCACGGCACGCUCCGUUUUCAGUGCGGAGGAGGAGGAUUUGCUGGAUUCAUUGGCGGAGCUUUAAGGAAGUCGCAGCUGCAUACUGCAUUGCCUGCUUUGCUUGCGCGUGCAGCAGGAAGUCGUUGAUUUGCGACGCAAUAAAUUGACACUACGCCGUGACACAUUUAAUGCCAUACACAUAUGGUAUGGGGCCAUUCAUGAAAUGACGUUGGGCACACCGGGCAUGUAGCGGGUGGCGGUGCUGGGUACCGUCCCUGUGCUGCCAUGCUGUAUAGGUAGUGCGACUGUGCGAAUGCAGAGCGCCAAAGGAUAGUACUGUUGGCCAUCAGAUUGUGCGGUUCGUGGGCAGGUACGGUACCGAAUGAACAGGGUGAUCACGGUCCUAAGUCGAGCUGAGGAGAGACGGGCAAUGAACGGCGUGGAGUGCCUGGGACGGCACACAUGCAUUUUGCGGACGGCUUACUGAGAGGAAUAAAGGUUGCGAGUAAGCGCAGACUGGAGGCCAGCGUGCGGGCCCACCAGGCGCCCGCAGACUGGGCUAGAGGGGGUGUGAGGGGGAUGGCGUGCGGGUAUGCAGACUGGUUAACUCGCCCAUGGUUUAACAGGGAAAUCGCUCCUUGAUUUAACAUGUUGCAUGUAGAAUGUUACUGCU